UUUUUUUUUUUUUUUUCUUAUUUGUUUUUUUUUUGGUUUUUGUGAUGCGGUGCAUACAGUGAUUCGUGAACAGUGUCUGCUCCAAGCGGAUAAAAAAUAAAAACUUGCAAGGCAAUACAUACAAGGUGCGAUAGAUGAAUGCGUCUUGUAAAUGACUUAUCGUCAUCGUGUACGCCAAUGUUUUGCAUUUUUUACUCAAGUGAUAUCAACUUGCAAUACUGGGUGUAACAUAUACAUGCACACGGCUUGCGGCUCUGGCAGUCCAGUUAGGAUUAGUUGUAACUUGCACCUUGUGAAAUACACCCGCAAUAGCCGAUAGUAUUAUUAUGAAAGAGUUGAUGGUUACUUUGAGGCGUAAAGGGUGGUAAAAAGGUGGGAGCGACAGAGGAGGGAGUAAUAUCGACGCCACCUCGGCCGCUUCGGACAAUAGGCGAGAGCAAAUCCAAUACAUGUUCCAAACAGUGUAGGGUUAGCGCACCGCGAGAACUCGGCCAUAUCAAACGUCACAACCGUCACAAGAGAAAAAAAAAAAAAAAAAAAAAAAAAAAAAGACACCUGCACCAGCAAUGGAGGAGGGUGGCAGGAAGCACUUUGACAUCCUCGACUCGAUCGUUUUCGCGGGCAUGCUCGGCGUCUCGGCCAUCGUGGGCGUCUACCAGGCCUACAAGUCCCGCAAAAGCGUCAACGCGGUCGAGGAGUACCUCGUCGGUGGCCAGAACAUGUCCAUCUUUCCGAUCAGUAUGUCCCUCAUCGCCAGUUACAUAUCGGGGAUUGCGUUAUUAGGACUUCCGGCCGAGAUGUACGUCUACGGUACGCAAUUGUGGUCCAUCGUAAUAGCCGAUUGCUUCGUCUCCCUGACCAUGGCCGUAGUUUACCUUCCAGUGUUCUACGGCCUUAAAAUCACGUCUUCCUACGAGUAUUUGGAAAUGCGCUUCAAUCACGUUACAAGACUGAUAGGUUCAUUUAUAUUUCUAUUAAAAAUGUUGCUUUACAUACCGCUGGUGAUAUACGUGCCGGCGUUGGCAUUCAACCAAGUCACCGGUGUCAACUUGCACAUGAUCGCCUCAAUCGUCUGUGCCGUGUGCAUAUUUUACACAACUCUGGGUGGCCUCAAAGCAGUGGUGUGGACGGACGCCAUCCAAACGAUCGUCAUGUUUGGCGGCGUGAUUGUCGUGGCUGUACUGGGAACGUCGCGGGUCGGCAGCGUAGCCGAGGUCUGGAAGCGCAACCUCGACACCGGGAGAAUCGAGUUUUUCAACAUGGACCCGAACCCUACGGUCAGACACACCUUUUGGACGGUCGUGAUUGGUAAUUACCUCAAUUGGCUGGCAACGUGCUCCGUGAAUCAAGCGAUGGUCCAGCGCUGCCUUGCCAUGCCGAACCUCAGAAAAUCAAACAUCACGAUCAUGAUAAUGGCCAUUGGUAUAACGACCCUAGUCUCGUUGAGCUGCUACACGGGGAUCGUUAUAUUCGCUGCCUUUCACGACUGCGAUCCACUGACUACUAAGCAAAUACGCAAGCCGGACCAACUGUUGCCGUACUUCGUUAUGGAGUUGUCUCGGCUGAUUCCAGGCUUACCCGGCCUUUUCAUAUCCGGCGUCUUCAGUGCCGCAUUAAGCACAAUGUCGACGGGGCUGAACUCGAUGGCCGGAGUGAUUUACGAGGACAUGAUCAAGCCGUGCCUGAACAAGCCCAUGUCGGACACCAACGCCAGCCGGAUCAUGAAGAUCACGGUCGUGGUGAUCGGGAUCGUUUGCGUGGCUCUGGUGUUGCUCGUCGAAAAGCUCAGCGGUCUCAUACAGGCAGGGAAGAGCUUAUCCGGCAUCACCGCGGGCCCCCUUCUCGGAGUUUUCACUCUCGGCAUGUUCUCACCCUACGCCAACUCACAGGGUGCAAUAGCGGGUGCUCUGGCGAGUCUGUGCUUCGUAGCAUGGAUAUCCUUCGGAAGCCAAGCGGCGGUGGCCACCGGGAAAAUACACUUCCCGGUAAAGCCGGUCUCGACGGCCGGCUGUCCCGAGGCCCUUCGCUCGACCGUCGCGAAUCUCACGGUCAUCAUGGAAACUGCCGUCAAGGAGCAGCCAUUUCCGUUGUAUCGGAUGUCGUACUUGUGGUACACGUGGGUUGGUUUUUUGACGGCGAUAGUAGUUGGCUCGCUGAUUUCUUGGCUCACCGGGCCGAACAAGUACAAGCCCGAGGAUGCCAAGCUUUACACGCCGAUUAUCCGCAAUUUACUCAACAGAAAAUUUGCAAAGAAAACCACGGAUCUGAAAAUGGAAGAAAAACCGCCAUCGAUUGAUGGUUCAAAAAUAUGCUAGAAACAAUUUUGCAAUAAAAACUAUUUAACAACA